ACCACCUCAUCUCCUUUCUUAGCCGACAUCUAACACCUGGUGUUGUUUUUUCUACAUUUACAUAUGAAGAAUUAUUGACCUACCAAAAUCACAAUUAGUAGCAACUUUCCUGCAAAUAUUACCGACAAGACAAGAAAGUUGUCUUGUCAUAUACUUACUUUAUUCUAUACUUCGUUUCAUUAUACGUGUCUAUCCAAAUUCUUCUCUCUCUCUCUCUCUCUUUCACUUCAAUGUCCGAAACUCAAACCUUUAACCCCAGUAAUUAAGUAAAUAAAUAUCUUACUAAACAGGCUUCUCUUUCUUACCCACUGAGCUGAUACUGAUAGUGAUAACAAAAGUAGUUAAUUUAUGAAAAUUUUGAACCCCUUUUCUCUUACCUUUGAAUAUUUAUAUUAUCAAUUCAGUAAGUCAAUAUACGCAAGACUUUUGAGAAAAAAGAGAGAUUUUUUCUGAAUUCUGAACAAUUUGAGAUUAAACCCCUUUUUCCCUUUUUAAAUUUUAUAUUUUUUUCCUUGAUUAUGGAGCGUUAUGAGAUAGUAAAGGAGUUGGGUUCUGGUAAUUUUGGGGUAGCCAAGCUUGUUAGUGACAAGAAAACCAAAGAGCUCUUUGCUGUCAAGUUUAUUGAAAGAGGUCAAAAGAUAGAUGAACACGUUCAAAGGGAAAUUAUGAAUCAUAGAUCAUUGAAACAUCCAAAUAUAGUCAGAUUUAAAGAGGUUUUGCUGACACCGACUCAUCUAGCAAUAGUAAUGGAGUAUGCUUCCGGAGGAGAACUCUUUGCGAGAAUCUGUAAUGCUGGAAAAUUUAAUGAAGAUGAGGCAAGGUUCUUCUUUCAACAACUGAUAUCGGGGGUCAGCUACUGCCAUUUCAUGCAAAUCUGUCAUAGAGAUCUCAAAUUGGAAAACACUUUACUUGACGGAAGUGCUGCACCACGUGUCAAAAUAUGUGAUUUUGGGUACUCCAAGUCAACUGUCUUUCAUUCUCAACCUAAGUCCACUGUAGGGACACCUGCUUAUGUAGCACCAGAGAUCCUAACAAAGAAAGAAUAUGAUGGGAAGCUUGCAGAUGUUUGGUCAUGUGGAGUCACCUUAUAUGUAAUGUUGGUUGGAGCUUAUCCAUUUCAAGAUUCAAGCGAUCCAAACAACAUUACAAAGACUAUUGCUAAAAUACUCAGUGUUCGCUACUCAAUUCCCGAACAAGUCCAAAUUUCCCUUGAAUGCCGCCAUCUUUUAUCCAGGAUUUUUGUGGCAGACCCUGAAAAGAGAAUAACCAUUCCGGAAAUUACAAAGCAUCCGUGGUUUUUGAAGAACUUGCCAGUGGAACUGAUGGAAGGAGGAAGUUACCAAUGCGUCGAUGUAAAUAACCCCUCCCAAAGUAUGGAAGAAGUUCUGGCAAUAAUACAAGAGGCUAAAGUUCCUUUGCAGGUAUCAAAGGGUGGAACAAAUUCUUUCUGGGGCAGUAUGGAACUUGAUGAAUUAGAUGAAGCUGAUAUUGAAGAUUUAAUUGAAAAUAGUGGUGAUUUUGUUGGUCAAUUGUGAUGAAUGUAUACAAUAGUAUAAUUACCAAAAGGGUGAAAAGAGAAACUAAUGUGUAAUGUGCUGUAUUUUUCGGAACUGACUCUCAGACUCAGAGUUCACCCAGUAAAUCUCUGAUAGCUUAUAUUUUUAACUUGGUAAAAAUGUGUUUACUA